AUGUGUAACAUACUUAAUUGUUUCUCCCCGUUUUGGAAACAGAUAUGGACUGCCUCGACUGUUCUUAUCCUUAACAUAGGACAGGGUUUAAUACUCGGCUACCAAUCGAUUUUAAUAGCAGCUCUGAGUGCACCCGACUCUCCCAUUAAAACAGACGUAGCCUCUAUUUCAUGGCUAACUGCAUCAUUUGCCCCAGCCGCAUUGACAGGAGGUCUACUAUCAUGCUUCUUUUUAGGCUGGCUUGGUCGGAAGAAAUCUUUCAUAUUAUUCACAUUACCAGCUAUUAUUGGUCUAUUACUAACCUAUUUCGCUCAAAAUUAUAUAUCUCUUCUCAUUGGACGAAUGUUGAAUGGAUUAACAUCAGGCGGAUUACAUUCAAUAGGCAUUGUAUCUAUAGCUGAAUAUGUUCAUCCAAAAUAUAGAUGCAUGUUUUUGAACCUCAAAACAGCAACAAUAACGUCCGGAGUUGCAAUUAUCCACGGACUGGGAACGUAUCUUCAUUGGAGAGCAGGAGCUAUUGUUAUAUUAAUUCCCCAUGGGGUAGCCUUUGGAAUGGCUACUUUAUGGACCGAAAGCCCCUCGUGGUACGCCUCUAAAAAACGGUUUGACGAAUGCGAAGACUCCUUCUAUUGGAUCAGAGGACGAAGCAACAGUUGCAAGUGUGAAGUCAAAGAACUAAUCAAGGCACAGAGAGAACGUUUGUCGAAUGAUAAGAAAAUUAUAAGACGUGUAUACAUUUUGCAAUUACUCAGCAAAAUUACUAGAAAAGACUUUCUGAAACCGCUUUUAAUAUCUAUUAUAGCUAUUAUUAUUAUGGAAAUGUCCGGGAGACAUGUAUUCCCGUCUUAUGCUUUACAGUUCAUGAGUGAUAUCAUAGGCCCCCAAACUGAGUACCAUUAUUAUUACACUGUCAUUUUAGAUUUGAUUAUUACUAUUGGAGCUAUUUGUUCAUCUGCUCUAGUCAGAUUAAUAAAAGUUCGUACACUCUUGUUUACUACUGGAUUUACAGCCUUAACUGCGUUGUUUUUAGCUUGUAUUUACUUUUUCUUAGUUUCGAAAGGUAUAAUAUCAAACGAUAGACCCUGGAUAGUAGUUCUGCUUCUUGUAGUAUAUUUCUUUUUCGCUAAUUUAGGUUGUAGUCCAAUACCAAUAGCGUUGGCUGGCGAGAUAUUUCCAUUAGAAUACAGGGCGGUCGGUAAUUGCAUGGUAGUAGUGUUUGGAUCUGUGAUUUUGAUGGUCAGUUUAAAAAUAAUUCCAUAUUUGUUAAUAGAGAUUAAAGCAUACGGAACGUUUGCAAGUUUUGGCGCCAUAACCGCACUGGGUUUAUUCAUCUUAUAUUUUAUCCUACCAGAGACUAAGAAUAAAACAUUGCAAGAGAUUGAAGACUAUUUCAGUAAUCGAAGUGUUCAACAUAAAAAUGUAAGUGAAAUAGAUGAUACGGAGAAUCAGAAAAUUAUUAAUGAUAUUUAA